GUCACAGGGCGAGCGGUGACUGAUCCUCUGCAGCCGGCCGGCCUCUGGGUGUCUCCCGGGCCCGGCGCAUGCGCAAUGGGCUCCUAGCUGCAGGGCGUCCUGUAGAAGUUUUCAUUCCAGCUCAUUGGAGGAUCGGAGUCGGUGAUCAGAGGACUAGCCCGGUGUCCCCAGUGUCCAGGAUCACCGGAGGAGGCAUGUGGAAUGGACACAGUCACUAACCCCGCAGCUGGCGACCUCAGCUUGGUAAAGGUGAAACAAGAAACAAAGCGUGUCCUGGAAGCCUUUUUAACACGAUCCUUGAGUCUAGAUGAGGGAAAGCGAAUAGGCCAUGUGGGGCGGGCAUACCACGACCCAAAGAAGUACAGUCGCAGGAAUAGUAAUGAGGAAAGCAAGGACGGAACUGUAAGGAAAGGUAAAAAGUCGGAGAGAAAAAAAAAUAAAGAGUCUGUAAAAGAUCAAGAGGAAAUUCUUAGUGAUGAGCCAACUCAGGAGAGCAACGGUAAAUGGAAUGCCAUUCAUGAGGACAUCCGGAAGUUGGAAGAUUCAAAACAUGACUUUAGAAUAAACAUUAAGAAGCUGUUGAGAAGAGAGACCCAUCCCAAGGACAAGGCUAUUGAGAAGAAUGGGAGCACACACAGUAAAUCCAGGGACUCUAUUGAAGCUAUACUAGAUGACCAUGGCAAAGGGGUGGCCAAGAGGGACUCUAUGAAACGGCCCAAGUCCCCCAACCCCUUACUUGCCUGCACUGUGGGGACUUCCACCGUUUCUAUAGAGGAGGAGCAGAAACAGUAUGAAGUUGGCCCUCAUGAGAAGCACGUAUCUCAUGGAUCUCAGAAGAAGCCUAGUAAACCAUUCUCCUUCAAAAAAUUGCUAAAGAAAAAAACGCAGAAAGAAAUUUCGGGCACGGACCACACACCUUCCCGGCCUGACUACCUACCGGUGACGCCUUGUUAUGAGGAUGAGCAUUCUCCUCAUCCGAAAAGAGCUGUAGGGAAGAUCGAGGACUCUGAGAUCUACAACUUAGCUGCAAAGCAGUUGGAGACGUUGAUCAAACACAAAAAAGUUAAGAGCCCCUCGGUUCCUGAGAAAUUUCCUGAGACUAAGCCAAGCCCAAAGACUGCAGUGCGCUUGGCGCCUGUACCAUUCAAAGAGAACAAUAAUGUGACCACAAAUGACCAACCACCUGUUGUAGACAAAGAGGAGGUGAUCCAGAAGCUGGUGGCUCUUCUCCAGGAGCAGGCAGUGGUCAUCAAUGAGCAGAUCAACAAAGAUCCCUUCCUCCGGAACGCGCUCAGCAGGAUGUCCUACGGCAGCUUCUCCCGCCUUGCAGAGGUUUUCACCAGCCAGGCAGAGGUGGUACCGAGUGAAGUGGGUGCCAGCGUGAGUCCCGAACUGACUAAAAUAGCACUGACCAUGGAGCUGACCAGGAAGGUGGCCGGGAUUAACAGCCACACCGUACACACACUAAUGGGCUACAGCCUACAGUACAUGGACAUGUUCGUACCGUGGCUGCAGAAACAAGGAGGCUGGGAGAAUAUUGUUUCCAAUGGAGAUAUUGCCGAUUUGCAAAUAGACUAAAGCUGCAGAAUGAAUGGACCUACCUCAGCGGCUGCCGAGAUGGCUAGUCCAGAGUUUGGCUGCACUUCUACAAUUGGUAAUUUCCUCGCAGUUAUACAGACCUCUUCCAAUACCUCAGGGAGCACCGCUUGCCAAACCCCACUGGAGACUGAAUAUAUUUUAUUAUGUGUCAUAUCAAGACUUUCCUGAAAUGUUGGCAUCUGCAGGCAUGUGCCACUAUAUUUUUAUCCUGGUGCAAAAUAACGUAUUUCACCCCAUUUGGGGCAGGAAAUUUUUAUUUUUUUAUUUUGCCCUUUGGGCUUUUUGUUUUUAUACCAAAUUUUUUAACCUCCAAUGUUAAGCUGGCAGCGUACUCUGAGGGUACCGGCAGCGCCAUUGGACAAAUUUCCCAAUAGCAUUGUGCAUUCCCUGACAAGUACAUUGUGCAAUGUUGUUUUUGUCCUCUUUUUAAUCUUUUAUCUGAUACAUUGGCGGAUACUUGGGAAGACGUCCGAUAACAGCCUGUGCGUGUGUAUUCAUCUUGGUAUAGGGGGUCAUUCCGAGUUUUUCGCUAGCUGCAUUAGUUCGCUGUGCAGCGAUGAGGCAAAAACACAGCACUUCUGCGCAUGCGGCACAAUGCGCACGCGUGACGUACUAUUACAACGAACGAUGUAGUUUCACACAGGGUCUAGCGAAGCUUUUCAGUCGCACUGCUGACCGCAGAGUGAUUGACAGGAAGUGGGAGUUUCUGGGUGUUAACUGACCGUUUUCAGGGAGUGUUUGUAAAAACGCAGGCGUGCCAAGAAAAACGCAGGCGUGGCUGGCUGAACGCAGGGCGUGUUUCUGACGUCAAAACAGGAACCGAACAGUCUGAAGUCAUCGCAAGCGCGGAGUAGGUUUAGAGCUACUCAGAAACUGCACAAAAAAACUUUGUAGUCGCUCUGCGAUCCUUUCGUUCGCACUUCUGCUAAGCUAAAAUACACCCCCAGUGGGCGGCGGUAUAGCGUUUGCACGGCUGCUAAUAACUGCUAGCGAGCGAUCAACUCUGAAUGACCACCAUAGUGCUAACAGGCUGCAGUGGAGACUGAAGUUUUCUCAUCUUGUUCAUUCUGGACACCUACAUGUGUAGCCAUAUUGGACAGUAAUCCGUUCAUUUGGUUUGCGUGCUGCCUGCUUUGAUACUGUGAUUGUAUGUGAUAAACAUGUUGAGAAAAACACUGUGCGGAUGCUGUUUUGCACUCUAAACACUUCUGUCUUUUAUUCUGUUUACAGUUUAUUUAAAGGGAAAAAAUUGCUAAUUUUAUUUUGUAAUGAUUGUUGGUGCGUGAGAAACUUACUAUGAAACGAUAACCGUUUUGUCAUCAAAUGUACAUUUUUAUACAUGUGAUCGGGGUCUGCCAUUUUGCUCUGAAAAGGGAGGCAUGCAUCCUUGCCAUUAAAGAAACGUUCAUCCUCAAAAA